AUGUUUUUCCAGCCUCGCCCUCACAACUUCGCAAACCAAGGCUACCCACUGGCGAACGGUGCUGCGCCGCAAGCAACCCCGGCCCCGGGAGCCACACCACUUUUGCCAAACAAUGGCCGGGUCAUCCAAAAUGGGCCUACGCGAAUCCUGUGCAUCGCGGAUGUGAGAGGAAACCUCAAGUCUCUCAACGAGCUUGCAAAGCAGGCUCGUGCGGACCACAUCAUUCACACGGGUGACUUUGGUUUUUAUGAUGAUACUUCGUUGGAGCGCAUUGCAGACAAGACCCUAAAACAUGUAGCCCAAUAUUCUCCUCUCUUGCCCGAGAACGUAAAGCGCACCAUCGCACAGGUCCCGCCCCAGCAGUCUAUCAAGCAACGUUUCACCCCGGACCAGUUACCCCUCUCCGAGCUUCCGAUGCUCCUCGACAAGCGCAUUACUCUCGACGUCCCGGUUUAUACUGUGUGGGGUGCCUGUGAGGAUGUUCGUGUUUUGGAGAAGUUCCGGUCUGGUGAGUACAAGGUUGAUAAGCUGCACAUCAUCGACGAGGCCAACUCUAGGCUACUCGAUAUUGGUGGCGUCAAGCUUCGCCUGCUCGGACUCGGAGGUGCUGUGGUGAUGCACAAGCUUUUCGACAAUGGCGAGGGCAAGACAACCAUUGCUGGUGGCCAGGGAACUAUGUGGACUACCUUGCUGCAGAUGGGCGAAUUAAUCGAUACCGCUAACCGUGUCUACGACCCAUCUGAGACCCGGGUCUUCGUCACCCACGCCUCGCCAGCCCGGGAGGGUAUGUUGAACCAGCUUUCAGUCACCUUGAAGGCCGACUUCUCAAUCUCUGCCGGUCUCCAUUUCCGUUACGGCUCUUCCUACAACGAGUUUUCCGUCAACCCAUCUCUCGACCAUUACCGUGGCAAACUCGCAGCUUCCAAGGCUUCCUUCACUGAUGUCUGGGAGACCGUGCGUGGUGAGGUGGAGUCUGCAAUUUCAUCUAACGAUGCCCAGAAGACUCUCCUGGACAAUGCGCUGGAAGUCGUGAACAAAAUGCCAUCUAUUGCCAAUGGUGGAAACCCAUUUGGUGGUCCCGUCAGUGCUGGCAGUGCUGCUGGCCACGUUGACGAGAGUGCCUUCAAGAACAUGUGGAACUUCAACCUCGCUGAUGCGGCGUUCGGCUAUCUUGUCCUGGAGAUUGAGGGUGGACGUAUCGCUACUGAGAUGCGCGCCCAGGGUUUCAACUUUGCCCACCGCAGCGGCAAGCCUGUCCCUGGAGGACCCCAGCCUGUUGCUGGUCUCCCUGCUACCACCGCUUCUCCCGCUCCUACUGGUGCAGCUGGACGCCCUGCUACCGUGACACCUCAGUUUGUACAGGCCCCUCCCGCUCGGGGCCCCGGCCAGCACGGCUCGCCUGUGCCCGUCAUCCCCGCUAAGGCACACAGCCCCGUUCCCCCCUCAACCUCGUCCGCUCAGCCUGCUGGAGAGGAAAAGACCACCGCUGACACCAAUGGUGCUACCCCUACCGAGAAGACUGGCGAUUCCCCUGCUUCUCGCGGCGAGAAAAAGCCAAGCAACGCUCUCUUCGUUUCUUACGUCGAUAAUGAGGAGGCCGUCCGCAACCUCCUCCCCGAGGAGGAUCAAGCUAAGGUGAUCAAGAUCGAAAAAUGGGGCAAAUACAACAACUAUGUUGCCUCAUUCCCAACCGUUGAGGAUGCUAAGGCUGCUCUCGACCGCCAGCCUAUCGAACACAAACGACCUAGCCCCGCCGGUCCGCUUCGCAAACCCAACUUCAAGUAUUUUGAGGAGCGUCCUCGUGGUCAAGGCAAUGCCGGAACCUGGCAGGGGAGCAACCGCGGGGGUAAUCAAGGCCCACGCGGCUACCAGAGUGCCAGCGACAGCGAAGGAGCCCGUCGGGGUGGUGGCUUUGCCCGGGGUCGUGGACGCGGUGGCGAGCGUGGUCGUGGAGGACGUGGCGGUGGCCGUGGUGGCUUCAAGGGGGUGCUGGCUCUAACGAGUCCACCCCCACCACUGACAAGCCCCCUGCCGCCGGUGAUGCUUAAUUGCUGA